AUGUCCAUGACAACGGCAACGCCUUGUUGGACAAAAGUUGUGUCUAACUGCUUUGCGUUGUUUUGUACGCUAUUUCUCGUGGCAACAACCGGCCUGGCGGAGGGACAGCUUGUGGGGACGUCGACAAUACACAGCCUUUAUGCCGAGGACGCAGCGGUGGUGGAGCUUGCCGGCACGAAUUGGUCGCAGGUUCACCGCAGUGCCCCGCUUUGCCCAUGGAUAGUGCUGUUUUACAGCAGCGUCUGCGGUCACUGCAGGGCCAUUGCACCCACGUACCGCACGUUUGCCACGAGGCUGGAGGACUGCCACGAGGAGGAUCCGUUAAGGACGCUCACGGCCGCCGUUGUGAAUUGCGUCAGUGAGACCUCAACAUGCCGCGAAUAUGCUGUGUCCGCUGUUCCGAAGCUCCUCCUAUUCCUUCCAUUGAGCUGCCCCAGUGGAACAGUCGAGACAUGCAACGCAACAAAAAUGCGGUGGGUUGCUAUGGACAGCAGCGAGAAGGGAUUGGGAUGGCUGCGGCGGGAGGCGCGUAGAGAGAUUAAACAAGUGCUAAGAGAUGAUGGAUCCAUGGUGGAGCGUUGUGUCAGCAUGCGCCAUGCACUGUAUGUUGAAAAAAAUAUGCGGUUACACCAAGCGUCGGACGCACCAGCCCCAUUUGUUGAAACGAGGCAGCUCUACGCAACGGACAUUGCUGGCGCCUUCUUUUUCACGAUGUGGCACGAGGUCUUGCUUGUGGGCCUUGACUCUCCAAAGCCUCUGCAGGCAUUGAAAAAUUUUUUGCGUCUCGUCGAACAUGCCCUUGCCGGACUUGGGGCAGGAGCAUUACUUGAGGCGGUGAAAAACAUUGAGGGAGGAGGAGACUUUUCCGUCACAAGCUGGCAGAAGACUGUAAAUGCUGCACGUAUUCCGUAUGAGGGAGAUCCGCAUGAGGUGCGGUGGCGCACAUGCAGCGGCUCCUCCCCAAAAUACCGCGGUUUUCCAUGUGCGAUGUGGCUUCUCUACCACUCCCUUACCGUCAACGUUCCUGCUGUUGCUGCAGACAUCAACCCAUUGGAAACGAUUCAGAAUUAUGUGCGUUAUUUCUUUUCCUGCGUGAAGUGCCGCCAGCACUUUGAGCAGUUUAAUUUUAGCCGGGAUGAGGAUCCUGUUUUGCAGCUCUGGCGAGCUCACAAUGAGGUGAAUGCCCGACUUGCGGUGGUGAAGGCGGGGGCCGACCCUUUUGUGCCGAAGCGACAGUUCCCAGACUCUGCACUCUGCAGCACCUGCCACGAUGCAUCCGGCGCGUUUCGGGAGGAGGAGGUCGUGAAGUAUCUACGCAAAUGGUACGAAUGGGACCCCGAUAUGGUUGGACGGCGGGUCAGCGGAGGCUCCACCACAUUGUCCCCGCUUGAGGAGAGGACACUGCUGACCAACGGCAAUGCAGAAACUUGGAAUGAAAAGAAGGUGUGGCAGGAUCCCCUUCCGCUUCACGUGUUUCUCACGUUGUUCGUUAUCGUUGCACUUGUAAGUGCCGGUAUUCUCCGCACUCGGCGAAGGUACAUGGGGUUGUUUCUGCACCACCGUAUCCGCCAAAAGUAA